AUGUUCCGACAGGAAGCGGCUGGGUUUACGGAUGAUUCUCGGUGCCGAAGGGACUUAUGGUUGGUGGAGCAGAAUUUUUGCGCCAAUGCGUUGCAGAGAACAAGGAACCGGGGCACUCUUUUCGACUGGUGCCAGAAUAUUCCGGCUGGUGGCACCAGCUUCUUCAUUGCCCGGAAUUUUUUUUUGGUGCUACAAACUAGACUGCAAUUGGACCGCUAG